CAGGCCAUGAAGGCAAAAAACGAAAAAAAAAUCUAAAAAUCCCUCAAAGCCGAUAGAAAGAAAGAAACAAACAAAUUCUCUUCUUCUCUCUCUUUCCUGUGUCUGCUAAGUUCGAAGCAACCGAUACAGAACAGAAUCAGUCCUUCUGAGUUCUGGACAGAGAGAGGGUUUUUCUUCCCCCUUCUGAAACCCUAACUUUCUCCAUUUUCAAAACCCUAACUUUUUUGAUAAUUUUUUGAAAUUUAAGAUAGUGAAGAAGAGCAAAUUGUUGUGGAAAGUUGGUAAAGAAGAAGAGGAGGAUAUGUAUAGAGAUCGAGGAAGUGUUGGAUCGAAAUCAGAAAUCGCUUCGCUUGAUCGUAAGAGAAUAAAUGAUGCCCUAGAUAAACACUUGGAGAAAUCUUCACCAUCUACUUCUAAAGGUGGUGGAGGAGGAAAAGACAAAGAUAAUAAUAGGUUAUCUAUUCCUUCUACUUCUUCUCUCAAACAGCAACAACCUCCUGAUCAUAGAGAUUCUCGUUCUGCUUCUCUCCCCAAAAACAAGGUUUCUGAUGCCGAGGAGUCUGAUACAGACAGCGAAGAGUCAGAUGUAAGUGGUUCAGAUGGGGAUGACACUUCUUGGAUCUCAUGGUUUUGUAAUCUUCGAGGAAAUGAGUUCUUCUGUGAGGUUGACGACGAGUACAUUCAAGAUGAUUUCAAUCUUUGUGGCUUAAGCAGUCAAGUUCCAUAUUACGAUUGUGCGCUUGAUUUGAUUUUGGAUGUCGAAUCUUCUCAUGGUGAUAUGUUCACCGAGGAGCAGAAUGAAUUGGUUGAAUCAGCAGCAGAGAUGUUGUACGGAUUGAUUCACGUCCGUUACAUAUUAACCAGCAAAGGCAUGGCUGCAAUGCUUGAGAAGUACAAGAACUAUGAUUUCGGAAGAUGCCCCAGAGUUUACUGCUGUGGACAACCCUGUCUUCCAGUUGGCCAAUCUGACAUUCCCCGGUCGAGCACUGUGAAGAUCUACUGUCCCAAAUGUGAAGAUAUUUACUACCCACGGUCCAAAUAUCAAGGCAACAUUGAUGGAGCUUACUUUGGAACAACAUUUCCCCAUCUGUUCCUGAUGACUUAUGGACAUUUGAAGCCACAAAAAGCCUCGCAGAGCUAUAUACAAAGAAUAUUCGGUUUCAAGAUUCACAGACCUUGAGGAUGACGAUGAUGUGGUUACUGAUUUUUGGCCUAAUUCCCUCUUUCAAAGGGUAAAUUUGCUCUUGGCAAGGAUGACAAGUGGGUCUCAAAAACCCUAGUAGAGUUAGAGGUCCUUCAAAAGUUACUGGUUCAACUCUUUUAAAAUCUAUGAAGGAAAUGUUAUUUUGGAUAGAAACUUGAUUCACUUGGAAGCUUAUUAUUCCUUUUUUUUUUCUUUUCUUUUUUUUCCUUCAAUUUUUAUGGUAGUCCUGUAUCACGGUGAGAAAUCUUAUGUUUGCCUCAUUUGCUCUUCUAUUUGUUUUCUUUAAUCGA